AUGGGGGCAGUAUUGGUAAAAGAACAGGAUGAUGUACAGCGGCUAGUGUACUUCUUCAUCCAUCUAUUGAAAGGGGUCGAGUCUCGAUACACGACCCUGGAAAAAGCUACCAACAACGAGGCGCAGUAUGAGGCACUAUUGACUGGAUUGCAGGCAGCUCGACAUGUAGGGGUAACCCGGGCAUUCACUUCCGUGGCGUACCCACAGAUCAAUGGACACACCAAAGUCACUAACAGGGAGAUAGUGUGCGGGCUAAAGGUUAAGUUGGACCACAUGGGUGGCAAUUGGGUGGAAGAGCUCUCCAGCAUCCUAUGGGCAUAUCGAAUGACUCUUCGAGAAAGUACAAGGCUCACUCCCUUUCAUCUCGUCUACCGCAAUAAGGCAGUCAUGCCGGUUGAGGUUGGGGUUCCAUCCACCCGGCGUCUACUGUAUGACCCCAAGAAUGCUGAGCGGUAG